UCCGUGCCGCCCUCCGUGCGCCCCACACCGCGCCGCGCCGCCUCCCGGGGCGGGGGAGUCGCGGAGAGUGGAUGCCUAGCGGGCACCCCCGGGGCAGAGACCCGCGGACGCCAUGGGCUGCUGCAGCUCCGCCGCGCAGAGUUCCAAGCGAGAGUGGAAGCCUCUAGAAGACCACAGCUGCACAGAUGUACCAUGGCUGCUCUUAUUUGUCCUCUUCUGCAUAGGAAUGGGUUUUAUCUGUGGCUUUUCAAUAGCUACAGGAGCAGCUGCAAGACUGCUUUCGGGAUAUGACAGUUACGGAAAUAUUUGCGGACAGAAAAAUGUCAAGGUGGAGGGAAUAGUCAACAGUGGUCUGGACCUCACACACAAGAAGUAUGUAUUUUUCUUGGAUCCAUGCAACAUUGAUCUAGUACAUCAGAAGAUUAAGUCUAUUGCCUUGUGUGUAUCAGCUUGCCCAAGGAAAGAACUGAAAACUCUGGCUGAGAUACAGAAAUUUGCAGAAACUAAUGGAUCCACUCUGUGUAGCUAUGAACUACAGCCAUCAGAAUACACUACUGAUCCAAGGGCUGCCAAGUUAUGUCCUAAAUAUCCUGUUCCAGAGAGUGCACCUAUUCCAUUCUUCCAUCGCUGUGCUCCUGUGAACAUUUCCUGCUAUGCCAAGUUUGCAGAGGCCCUGAUCACCUUUGUCAGUGACAGUAGUGUCUUACACAGGCUGAUUAGUGGAGUUAUGACCAGCAAAGAGAUUAUAAUGGGACUUUGCUUGUUAUCACUAGUGUUGUCCAUGAUUUUGAUGGUUAUAAUAAGGUACAUUUCAAGAGUACUUGUCUGGAUUUUAACAAUUCUUGUCAUUCUGGGAUCACUUGGUGGUACCGGAGUCCUGUGGUGGCUCUAUGCUAAGCAACGAAUAUCUGCUGCUGCUCUUGAGACCCAAGUAGCCAAAGACAAUCUUCAAGCUCUCUUGAUCUAUGCCAUUGCAGCUACAGUCUUCACGGUUAUCUUGUUCUUGAUCAUGUUAAUUAUGCGCAAAAGAGUAGCUCUCACCAUUGCCUUGUUCCACGUGGCUGGCAAGGUCUUCAUUCACCUGCCGCUGUUAGUCUUCCAGCCGUUCUGGACAUUCUUUGUGCUUAUCCUCUUCUGGACAUACUGGAUCACAGUCCUGCUUUUUCUUGGUACUACAGGUAGUCCCAUCCCAAAUGAAGAAGGAUUUGUUGAAUUUCGGAUGGCAGGUCCUUUGAAAUACAUGUGGUGGUACCACUUAGUGGGACUCAUCUGGAUCAGCGAGUUUAUCCUAGCCUGUCAGCAGAUGACAGUAGCAGGGGCUGUUGUGACAUACUAUUUUACAAGGGAGAAAAGAAAUCUGCCAUUCACUCCUAUUCUGGCAUCUGUUAAUCGCCUUGUUUGUUACCACCUAGGAACAGUAGCAAAGGGGUCUUUCAUUAUCACUCUAGUGAAGAUACCACGGAUGAUUCUUAUGUAUAUUCACACACAACUCAAAGGAAAGGAAAAUGCUUGUGCUCGCUGUAUGCUUAAAGCCUGCAUUUGCUGCCUUUGGUGUCUAGAAAAGUGCCUGACAUAUUUAAACCAGAAUGCGUAUACAGCCACAGCUAUCAACAGCACCAAUUUCUGCACCUCAGCAAAGGAUGCCUUUGUUAUCCUAGUGGAAAAUGCUUUGCGAGUGGCUGCCAUAAACACAGUUGGGGAUUUUAUGCUGUUUCUAGGAAAGGUCCUGAUUGUCUGCAGCACAGGUUUGGCUGGCAUUAUGUUGCUGAAUUACCAACGAGAUUACACCAUCUGGGUGCUUCCACUCAUCAUUGUCUGCCUCUUUGCAUUCCUGGUUGCUCACUGCUUCCUUUCUAUUUAUGAAAUGGUUGUUGAUGUCCUUUUCUUAUGUUUUGCCGUCGAUACAAAAUACAAUGAUGGGAGCCCUGGCAGGGAAUUCUACAUGGAUAAAGUUCUCAUGGAGUUUGUGGAGAAUAGUAGGAAAUCUAUGAAAGAAGCUGGCCGAGGAGGUGGAGCUGAGGGCAGAGAGCUAAAACCAAUGGUAGGUGCAGAUGAGGAGGUGGCGAUCCUCCAAGAGUUUCACUUUUACUUCUUCUCCCUUUUUGUCUUUACUGACUGCACUUCUUCAGGAGAAGUUUUUGUUCUCUGUAUCACUCAAGAUGUUCUGCUUUUUCUGUUUGUGAGCUUGCCUAUCACCUGGAUGGCAGAGUUUUUGUCACAGCUGAGACCAUCUCCUGUAAAAGUAAGAUGAAAGGAACUGUCUCAUAUGAAACAAAUGCAAUAUCAUUUCAUUAGGAGUAGUGGUGCAUGUCAUGUGGUAUAUGCAGACAGCCCCAGUUGAUGAAUAGUCUAAAAAUAAGAUGGCUCUGAGAUUCACUGGGCUCUUCUCAGCCCUGAGAUGAAAAAAUUUUGCUCAUCUUACAUUCACUGCAAAAGGCUGAAAUGAAGAACGCUACUGCGUGCAUCCAUUCUUGCAAAGUAAGACCAGGUAUUUAAAACCCUCCCCAAAUUAUCUUACACAGUGCCAAGGAAUUGGAUACAGUGAUUCCUUUCAACCUGCUCAAAUGACAUUUCUCCCAAUUGUUUGUUUUAUUGCCAACUACUUAUGUUGCUUGUCUCUUGUGUGCUCUUUCCAUCUCACACUGUCAGAUGCACAGACAGUGAACAAUGCAUCAUUUAUGCUUCUGCAGCCUCUUUUACUUAUGGUGUGCCUAUCAGGAAGGCACUGCAUGUCUGAGUAGCCUGGAAUAAGAACACUAUACGUGAUACAGAUAACAGAUAGGAGGAUAAGUUUGGAAGGUGGAGAACAGAGGGCAUAUAUUGGAGAGCCAGGCUGGGCAAGGUAUGACUUGUCGUCGUACAUUAUGACUUUGUGAAAUAGAAUAUUUUUCUAUCAUCACUUUCUCAGAGUGUUUGGGGUCUUACUCAUUUCCGUACUCAUGGGGAUCAUUUUUUAACCAAAUGGAAUCUAAAUAAGUGUAUGCUAACACAAGAAUUUCUUUUUUCAACUAUGUAUGUGAAGCCAUGUUGCAUGAGCAUUUUUUAACUAAGCUGGAAUGGGUUCCUGCUAUAGGCUGGAUAGAUGUGUAGCUUUGCGUGUUUUGCAAUUUCUAGAUUUGCUUAAGCCUAAAUGCUGCUGUGUUUAUACAUAUAAAAAACUAAUUCUGUGCUCAUUUAUUGUUUUCUUCUGGGAGUAAUUCUAGCUGGUCAAGCAGACACUAACAUUGGGAUUUUCAGAGUGAGCUAAUUGCUAUAAAUGCGAAUGUGCCAUGAAAUUAUUGAGAACUGGGUGUACAAACUCUCUGGUCAUAUGUGCAAAAAAUUCAGUUCAAAAUUUUAUGUUAAACUCUAUUUCAAAUAAUUUGUUUACCUUAAGUGGUUUUCUACUUACACUGUUGUCAGAGCUGGCACAGACUGCUACUUACAGUUUUGUACUUGACAGCCUAAAGCUUGAAUGUUAAAAAACUUUAUUCACCCCCACCCCUUGUAAAACUGCAAACCAAGUACUUGCAAACCAAAGGUGGUCUUACUCUCAGAGGAAAUUUGUUCCUAGGCUUUUAGCUUGGUACUGGCUGAAAGUCCUCACAGGAUGGCUGGAGAAGGUGCUGAGCGCUUGAGGCUCAGCAUGGAAGUCACCUGCUGAAUUACUCCCGGUUCUGCUGCUUAUGUGAUUGUCUUGUUUGGAACUGUUUGGGCAUUGUGGUUUUCCAUUUUUGGGUAUUCAGCUCUAGUUGAUAUGAUUUUGAAAUACUAGGAUCUCACUUCCUGAUGACAAUGGGACACAGCAGUUAAAUUUCUGAUACCUUUCCCCAGUACUGAUGGAAGGCCUCAGUUAUAUCUAGAAUAGAAUCAUUCAUAAGUCUAUUAUGUAACAGUAGUGCCCAUAGUCCCAAAAUUGCAUGUCUGAAAAUUAGAUCAAUAUUACUUUUUUCUCUUCCUUUACAGAGUCUUUACUGGUUUGCUUCCCUUUUCUUGAACUGCAGAUAUUUCUUAGAUAUGAUAAUUAUUUCUUAAAGUGAAAUGCCCUAAGUGCAGUUGUAUUUAAAGUAGAUAUUAGUAGCAGAGAUGAGGAAACACUUUAGGAAGUUCUGUUCUUGUAUCAGGGCACAACAAAAAGCCCCGCUUUUUCAUGCUUCUUUCUUUAUGGCUUCCAGUGCCCCCUUUGAUUCAGUUUCUCCUUGUCCUUUGGCAUCUGUCUAAGACUGUACUGUAUGACUUUGUUUUCUAGGGCUCUGGAGCAAGUUCAUCUUGAAACUAGCCAGCCAUAUUGGAACCCAUUGACAUUCCAAAACAGUAUAUAUAUACAUAUAUAAAUACAUACAUACAUACAUAUAUAUGUGUGUGUAUAUAUAUAUAUGUAUGUAUGUAUGUAUAAAAAUAAACAGCCAAAAUCAGAAAAAAGGAACAGGGAUUUAAAACUUUUUUUAACAAUUAUUUUUGUGAAACAUGUACUCUUUUCAUACGGGUGGCUUUUAAAAGCAGCUUUAUCAUUGUUCCAUUUCUUAAAUUAUUUGUUCUGGUCAUGGAAAUGUUGAUUCUUAUCUGCUUGAUAUUUUAAAAUCUGGAGGAAGUAUCAUUGUAACAAUAAUCUGAAAUCAUGACUGGGUUUAAUGACAGAUUUCCCAUGACACUGCUAAUCUGCUGAGAGUUUUACUUGCUUAAUUUCUUUUAAAUUUGCAUUAUAUUCAGGACAGUGACAUGUGCAGAAAACCUUAAAAUCAAGAAAAGUCUCAAAUUUAUUUUUUCAAGAGGUGGUUUCAGCAAAAAAUUCAUUCAGUUUAAUUGUGUUUGUAAGCAGUUAUUUUACUUUGCAGCCCUGGCAGGGCACAGUUUUGUUUACCAGUAUCAGAUAUCACAAUAACCAACUCCUCAGGUAUUUAGGUGUGUGGGAGCCCUUGCAUCUCCUGUUAAAAAGAGCCUACAAAAUGGGGACAGAUAAUUUUUAUAUGCAAUUAACUUCCUGCUUACCCUACUUUUACCCCUCAUACCCACUGCCCUCUAUCCUCCCCUUGAGUUCAGUAGCCUCCUUCACACUUCAGCAGUGUUCCUUUGAAGGGUAUGGAUUCUCCAUACAGGCAAGUGAAAUAACAGAUUGUUAAAGUUCAGUCUUAGCCAUACUCAUGAUUAAUUCAUGACUAGAUACAAAGAUGCUGAGGAUGGGAAGAGAAAUGAAUUGUACUGCUGUACAUAAAAAAGUACUGUAUACUUCAUUUCAUCUAAUGAGAGAGCUCUGGAAGAUAGAGGGGAUCAUUCCUUGCCUGUUGUUUGAUCCAUAUUUGUACAUACUGUAGUGGGUGGCUAAAGCCAGAAAGGGCAGAGAAACAUUCCUUUGGAAGUGUAACUGCCAGGAUAGUUAUCUGAAGUUAUUAAAUAAUUUCAAAAGAACAUGCUUUUUUAUUAUUAUUAUUAUUAGGUACAUUAAUAUCUUUUCAGUCUGGAAGCUCACCAGAUAUGAAUGCUAAUAUUCAAUUAUUCAGCAUAGUGAAAUGGUAAAUGCUUAACUGUAUUUGCUAAGAAUUAAUGAUCUGUCUAUGCUAUAUAUUCCCUUUGUUAACAUUUUUUUAAGAAAACUAUUUUUGUUAUUGUAAAGUUAAUAUUUCAGAGCAGAAUUUUUUAACUUAUUGCACUAAAUGCAAGCUGUCUACAAUUAAUGAUGCCUCAAUGGUUCAAUCGCUCCAUUCCAGAAAAUCUUAUGGAAGAGUAAGGGUACAGAAACUUUAUGAUGGAAUAGAGAGGUAUAUUUAGGUAAAGACAUGCACAACUUGUGUAAUUGAGGUUUAGUAAGUAAGCAGUUAACUGUGCUUCCUUUCAGACUAUGAGACUUUUAAAUUGCUGCUGAAGGUUUAAAAAAUUAUGUAGUAUCAUUUAGCUAACCUGUGCUCUUAUCUUUUUGGCAAUAGUAAAAUGUUUCACUUUUGCUUCCAGAAGUCAUUUGAUAACUUAAAUUUGUUAUUUUUUUUUUCUGUAAGCCAGUUAAAACAAUUUACACUUUUUAUAUCACAGAUCCCAAACUAUUUGAAAGGUACAAAAAUAAAGACAUUUAGAAAGGAUAGCUGUUGGGGAGGCAAAGAGAAUCAUCCAGUCCUGGAAGCACUUACUCAUUUAAGUGAACAUAUCUGUAACUCCACUAGCAUCAGGAGGGUUCUCUGAGUAUGGAAAAUCUAACGUACGCACCUGUGUAAGUGGUGACUAGACUAGCGGUUCAGCCUAGGGAUUCAAACUGGAGCAUAGGUGAGGCCUCUCAGUGCAAGUUAGAGGUCAGACUUACCCAGAAGAAACACUGGAGCAGCCUUACUUUUGUGGAGAGGAGACAUUCCUGCAGUACCAGUGUCUAAGACAGCAGUGGUUCUCAACGCUGAUAUUUUUGUAGAUCAGAGUGGCUUAGCAACACAAAAAGUAAAUCCUAGAAACUGGUUUUCAAGGCUAAAAGCCUUACCAAGUACCCAGUUUCUUCCAGAGAAUCUAGUUUUCAUCUUGUUUGGAGGUUAUUGGAAGUGCUUAAUUAAAGAAGCCUUGUAUUCUGCUCAUUUUGAUAAAAAAAUUUCUGCCAUGACUGGUUCCAUGAGUUUGUGUUCUCCACUCACUGGAAGUCAUGAGUGGGAACUGUUCUCUGUAAUUGCAACUAGGACUGCAGUUGGUAACAAAUUUUGUAUUUUUGUAUGACUUGACUGUGGACCAUUUUUAUAGCAGUUUAUCCCGUCUUAAAAAUAAAUUUGUUUAUGUACAUGGUGUUUAAAAGAUACAGGCAACACUUUUCUAUGGGUAGUUGUAAUGUUUAAGUGAGAAAUCUAUAUCAUUACAGAGUUCUUAAUAAAAACAUGUGCACCAUUCUUGAGUGUAUAUUCAGCAUGCAGAGCUUUUUCAGUCCUGGCAAAAAGGCAUUCCAUUCACACACAGGCUUUUCAGUGGCUCUUUAAAGCUUUCCAAUAUCCUUUGAAGUUCAUUUGCAACCAAACUACAAGCUGCCCUCUUCCAGCUCCAUCUUGUGCACAGAGAUAAGGAGAAGACAGUAUUCUGAAAAGACAACUUUUCAGGACAAAUUUAGACUGCUUUCCUUUCUUAGUGGGGAUAGUGGAGUGGGAGGACAUUUUGGCAUGUAAAUCCCAUACAUAAAGUUUGGAAGUACGGUUGCUGGAGUCUGCCAGCUGUGAUGGAUUAAAUACUUUUUUUGAAUGUUGGUUAUUAAAAACAGUGUAUGGCCUGCUUUGUGGGAAGCAAGUCUAGACUAAGUAUAAAGUGAUGCUGCACUUAGAAUAACAAUGCAGGAGGAGCAGACAAGACAGCUAAAACAGAGAAAUCAUCCCCUCAGAAAGUCCACUGAAUUGAGUAGUGCUCAAAGACUGGAGAUUUAGGCUGGAUAAUUUGGAUUUAGAAACAAUUGUUGGGAUUACUGCUUCCCAGCAUUUGGUUUCUGCAUCAUAGCCUCUGACCACUUAGAUUUCAAACAGAAAAAAGCAUACCAUUCCUUAAAUUGUUAAUUUUUUUUCCACAUUUUUUUUUCUGUUUGGAAAUUGAACAGCACCAUGUCAUCUUUACUGCUUCUUCCAGCCCUGGAGAAUGUUUUUUGUUUUUCUUUUGGAUCUCAUUUCAUAUUGCUCUCUCAGUAAAAGAGUUGCAAGUGCAGAGUGCCAGCUAUCCUUUAUCCCUUGAUCUUACUGCAUUCCAUUUUACCUUCCCAAGGCAAUGAUUCAGAAUGUCACCUAGACUGAAUGAGAGGGAGCACAGAUGCUAAGCUGAAGUUCUGAGAUAGAAUUUUGUUGUUGUUAUUGGUUUGUUGUUGUUGUUGUUGGAGGUUUUGGUUUUGUUUGUUUGUUUGUUUGGGUUUUUUUUGGUUUGUUAUUGGGGGUUUUUUCUUGGUUUGGUUUGGUUUGGGUUUUGUGGGGUUUGUUGUUGUUGUUGUUGUUGUUUUUGUCUGGUAUUACUGCAUCACUGAGGUUAGAAGUGCAGUCAGUCACUUCUAGAGUUUCACUGCUGCUCCACAGCUAGACUUAACACAUAGGAUGGCCAGCUUAGAAUUGAAUCUUCAGCUUUCCAGUAGCUCCCAGCUGCCAGAACCUGGACGGCUUCUAAACACAGCCUUAGAUUGGCAUAGUAAAUGAAAGACUUUCUGCAUUGGGCAAGUGUGUCCUACAAGGGAAAACUAACAGUGGAAAAUGCAGUUAAAUGUUGUGACGGGUUGACCAUGGCUGUCACAUACGCUGCUACUCUGUUGCUUGCUCAGUCCCUGCAGCAGGAUUGGGAGAGAGCUGUGAAAGGACAAAAACAUUGAUCUAAGUGCAGUUCAUUAAGCAAAUAAGGGGGAAAAAAUUGCAAAGGCAAUCAUUUACCAGCAGACCAAUGCCCAUCUAAUCUCCAAGCAGCAGCUGCUUCGGAACUACACCCACCCUAGUUUGAUUGUUACAUUAUAUGGUGUGGAAUAUUUCUUCAGUCUGUUCAGGUUAGCUGCCCUGACUAUGUGCUCUCUCAUCCUUUUGCCCAACCCCAAAUGACUGCUGGAGUUGUAGAGUGGAAAAUAGAAAAGGCCUAGACCCUGUGCAAGCACUGCUCAGCAGCAGGUAAAGCUUUGUGUUAGCAACACUGUUUUGGUUGCAGAUCUAAAACACAGCACCUUGCGGAUUGCUGAAUAGAAAAUGAACUCCAUCCAGCCUAACCCAGUACACAGGCCCACUUACCCAAUAAUUAAUCCAAGACUUACUCCCUGCAUUUCUGUACAGCAUCUUCUCAGGGUGGUUACUUCUUUCUGAAAGGGCUUUUUUUGCAGCAGGCAAUUAGCCUGCUCCACAGUGCUCCCUUUCAUGGAGGGAGCAGGGGAUGUUAGCUCUUACUCUUUCAGCACAUAAUGGGGAUAUAAAGCAAAAAUGAGCCCUUUCUGUAUCAGUGUUCUGGCAAUUGAGCAGCCAGUGUUAGAGACUAUAUACUUAAUGUGCCCUCAGGGCAUGCACUUUAGUGGUUUGCUCUGAGUGGUUAUGAUGUGUUCUAUGAAUGUAUGUUACAGAGUCAGAAUAAAAUGCAUGUAGCAGACAUAUACUCAUCACCAUCUAGUGAGCAUUUAGUUCAGAGUACCUAUUACAUGCUAUAUUGAAUAUGGCACAGUCAUUUUAAGAAACAGUCUUAGAUUUAUAGGCAGAUACCUAACAGCAUUCCUGUUUUUUAAAUCAUGGCUUAGUCUGUGCAGAUACCGUUUACUAAAUCUAAAUAUCACUAGCCCAUUGUUUCUUGAACAGCUUAUGUCACAUUAUCAACACAGAAAUUCUAUUUCAUCUUUGUGAAAAAAAAAAACAACAAAACAUCCCUCAUGUUUCCUAACACAAACCCCAACAGGCUUAUUUGAAGCAUUUCUUGCACUCAGCUUCUUUGUUGGGAUGAUGAAAGUUUAUUCUAAAUAUUUCAUUUUCAAAUGCUCUUCCAACUAUUUCAUCUCUGCUGUUAUUUCUGUCAUGUAAGAAGAUUAUGGAGACUAGUAAAUCUGUAUUUAUUGUGUUCCAUAGCAAAUACUGUUCUCAAGGUAUUUUUUUCUUUUUUUAUUUAAAGAGAUGAGAGAAGAGAUGAAACUCGUCUCUUUUGAUGUGGGUUGUAUGUAAAAAGCAAAAUUUCUGGUCUGGAAUGAGUCUUGCAAUUUGAUACAAUCAAGCCAAAGCACCUCAGAGACCAGGAUUUUGAAAAUAUUUCUAAGAAGAAUUGGUAGCAUGAAUUGAUCUGAAAAUACCUAUUUGGAGGCUAAACUAUCUGGCAUUCAUUUGACAAACAUCUGUUAAAAUGGAACUAGCAGAAAACUAGCAAACACCUAUCAGAUUCUACUCCUCUGUCUCACUGAGGUCAAGUCAUCAUACUUUAAUGUGAUGAGCAGAAUUUGGUGUUAUAAGCGUUUGGUACUUUUCUGCAGAAGUAUAGGACUCCCCUUAGAACUAAAGUUGCAAGAAUUCAGAGUAAAAGUAUCAGCUGACUUUAAGAGAAUUUGCCUAAUUUCAGUAAAGACAGCUAUGGCUUCUCUCAGUAUGUGAUUUAUAAGCAGAUACCUAACAGCAUUCCUGUUUUAUGCUGGCAGCAUAGGUGGCUGCCAUUCCUCAAGUGCACCUCCUCUCUGGGUUGAGGGGCAAUAGGGGCAGCUUAUUUCAAAAAGGUUUGGUGAAAUUAUGAAACCCAGCAGAAGUUCUACACUGACUGGAGUUCCCACUAUAAUCAUGUUUCUAAACUCUCAAAUACAAUCUCAUGUGUCCUCCAUGUUAGUAUUAGUUGAGUCCCUCCCUGCUGCUCAGACUGAAACAGGAGAAUAUCUCUCAUUUGAAAAACAGUACCAUAGACAAUUUCAUAGUGUCUCCUAGGGGAGUGAGGGAAGAGAAAACAGAAAGGUGGUUUUAUUUGUAGGCCAGAAAGCAGCUGCCAGAAGUUAGGUGGAGACAUGGAGAGCAGAUAGAAAAUAUUCCACAGGAUCUUCACAGUAUUUAAGAAAAUUCACAUUCUAAUUCAGACAUCUCACAUCAACCUCUCCCAUGUUCUACUUUGUUUUUACUCUGGAGCACUUCAGAGCACAAUGAAGGUGGAAUGCUAUACCUAUAGAAAAGAAUUAUUUCUGUAUAAUGAAUUGUGUUACUGAUAACAGAAACUACCCUAAGGAAAAAGGAAAAUCUUCUGAGCAGAUUUUAAAGGCUUGACAGUACUUGCAUUGUCAUAGUCCAUUCAAGCUUCAUCUGGAAAUUAAUUUUUCAUCCUCCAUUACUCAUAUUUCUAACAGGGCAAUCAAACCCCUGGACUGGCUUAGUGAUUUAUAUUGAAUCAAGAUAAACUAACAAGUGCUCCUUUUUCCAGUGGAAUGCCACCUCCUUUGAGAAUGGGAAAAGUAAAUGUGACACUGUUUAUUGUUGUCUUGAGAACCGAAACUAUUUUAUACUGCAAGCUGUGAAUGCAGGAAGAGAAAAGAAAUUAACAGUGCUGAUCUAAUCUUAGAUUUUCUGUGUAAACUGACAUUGUGCCAGGAUACUGAUGCAAAACUGUAUUUUAGUCUA